UGCUUCGCUCUAGUUAGUCCGGCAAUCGCAACCACGUCGAGUUUGCCUGCAGCAACACAGCAUCGAUCAAGUUUCUGCGCAACGACCCUUGAUAUUAUUGGAUCUGCCCAUUCUCGUCGCUUGUUGCGGGCCCCUACACCGAAGCACCUAUAGAGCGCGGUAUCCUAGCCCGUCGCAUCGGUGAUUGGCUGGCUCGUCCUUUUCAACAUAAGAGAAUCAUUAUUAUCACUAUCAAUUGCUCGCCACCCAACCACAAGGCUCUAGGAAUCACUUCUGCUAUUCCUCCUCGCUGCUCGCCCGAGGAUCGGCUUUACCGUGACCACCCUCUACCGUUCCAUCCCCGCCGCCAUGGCUGAGGCGAGCACGGUGACAGUCCGUGAUAUCGUCGCCGAUCCAGCCCUGCUGCCCGUCCUGCAAAUUAGCGCAGAGGCUCAUGGCGAAUGCCAAAAGCUGCUGGCCCUUCUCGAGCCAACAAAAACCGUCGACCCUCCGUCUCAAGAUACCCUCACCGCCAUUUCGAAGCAACAAAAGGUCCUGUUUGCGCUGCUCGCUCAGUUGCGCGGUCUGAACCGUGAUGCCAUACUCCGAGUGCGCGACACGAAGCAGUCGACUGCAGAGGCUCGUCAGGAAAUCGACAGGUUGCAUCUUCAGCUACAGAAUCUGUAUUAUGAGCAGAAACAUCUGGUGGGGGAGAUAGCGGCUUGCGAAUCUUACGACCACAAGUACCUGUCUCUUCCACUUAUUCCCGUUGAACAAUUCCUCGAGUUAUUCCCUGAGCAUGUCGAAGACGACGAACACGAGCUCAUGAUCGCCCGCAUCAACCAUGAACACGCGGAGCGAGAGAAGCUAGAACAGGCAAGGCAAGAGCUUCUGAAGCGAAAGCAGGCUCUCAUUGCCGAGAAUAAAAAGCGAAAAGACGAUUUGGCCAAUCUUGACCAGGACUUGGAGCGGUUUAUUGAUGCUGCAAAACCCAUUCAAAAGAUUUUCGAAAAGGAAUACUGAGGCUCUGUUUCUCUAGGAGCAAACUGAACCCUAGAUGGCGAAAAGUGCUUAUAGACGGCGUUGUCAUAUACCGAUACCCUAGGAAUAAUUUGUUGGCAUUUAUGGGAGUUCAUAGUCGCAGUUUGAGGUUUCUUUUGAUAAUAUAUUAUUGGUUUAAAUAAUGCGAAUCAGAGGCAGCAUUUAAAAUUGA